AUGAAUGGGACAAUAAAAGAUGAUAUCGAAAUAUUGAAAAAGUUUGAUGCUGAAGUGAAAGGAAUAAUUGAUUUUAUCAAAUUACAAGAUUUAGAAUUACAUGGUGAUUAUUAUGGAAGCGUCACUAGUGGCAAACAUUGGCUUGAAAUGCUAGUAUUUUAUGACAAAAUAUCUGGUUCUAAAAAAGUUUUAUUUAUAGGAUACAGAAUUAGUUGCAAUAACCACUAUCAAAAUCUCAUUGACAUGCCUGGAUCAGUUAGUUUCUUGGUACACGUUGUAAAGAAUGAGAUUCUUACCUGGAGAGAUCCUGGACUUCCUAUGAAUAAGGAUAUAGUAGUAACGCGAGCAUUCAAUAAACAAGUUGAUUUGAUAAAAGUGCAUGGCUCAGAAACAGAGAGAGAGAGAGAUAAUGCUAUAUACGUCGUUUGCUGA